CUCAGUUCUGGUAUUUUAAAAUUGCUUAAAAUAUUUCGAUUGCAGCGCCAGCUAACUUCUGAGGGAAGAAUUAUCACAUUUUCGCUUUGCUUACAGUAUUUUUAUCAAGAUUUUAUGCAUUAAUGCCGCAUAUUUCACUUAUAGAGAAUGUGUCGACAGUGCAAAUCUUACCCUUGAGUCCAUUUACACAGGUUUUGCAUAAAAUGUUCUGAAAAUCUAGUUAAAGCUUGAGCCAAAGAAAGAUGAAAAAUGUUUAAGUACGCCAAUGGAAUCAGCUGAUUUCGUUCUCAAAGUUUCCUCAUGUUUUUGUUUGUGUGCCGGAGUCAUUUUCUCUUGUUAAUCCUGAAACAUACGUCAGGUCUCUUCAGGAUCCAAUAAAAGAAGUCCUUUUGAGCGGUUGAGGUUAGCUGAAGUUACAUAAAAUAUCUGGAGUUUCAAGAUGUUCAGGAAGCUGCUAAUCGGAUCCUCGCUGACUCUCACAGGAUACUUUGCUGGCUCAUUCAUAGAGCGUCGACGGACAGAGCCAUGCAAGGAAAUUUUUCCUGGGAUUCCAGGACUAUUCGACAGUGUCUACGCUGCAACUCCUGUGUCUCUCCCGGACGUGGUGCCCUCGAAGGGAGUCAGCAGCAGCCGAACAUCUCAGAUCAUGAAGUACGGCUUUCCUGGAUUCGACCAAAUCCGCUCCUUCGACAACUACAUCCUGUCCUACGAUCGGCGGAACAGAGUGGCUCAUUGGGUGUUUGAACACCUCACGCCGGAGGGCUGCAAGCCGAAUCCAGACGUGGAUCGCGCCAAGUGUGACUUCAAGCCGGAUGACACGAUUCAUCCCUUCUUCCGAUCUGAGAAUUCGGACUACAAGCACUCGGGCUUCGACAGGGGCCACUUGGCGGCCGCGGGGAAUCACAAGUUCCACCAGAAGCACUGCGAGGACACCUUCUUCCUCAGCAACAUGGCGCCACAGGUGGGUAGUGGCUUCAAUCGCGAUGCCUGGAACAGGCUGGAGAAGUACGUGAGGAAGCUGACGAAGAAGUACGCAAAUGUGUACUGCUGCACAGGUCCUUUGUACCUGCCGCGUCGAGAGGACGACGGGAAGAUGUACGUGAAGUACCAGGUGAUCGGCAACAACUCCGUGGCCGUGCCCACGCACUUCUUCAAGGUGGUCGUGUGCGAAAGGAGCGACGGGCAGCUGGAAAUGGAGUCCUUCGUGAUGCCCAAUCAAGUGAUCAGCGACCAGACACCGGUCACGAUGUUCCAAGUGCCACCGGAGACGAUAGAAAGAGCAGCAGGACUGCUGUUCUUCAGCAAUGUCAACAGGAAGAUGUUGGUGAGCAUCAAUGGAAAGAAGCCCUGAGGAACCAAGACUGCAGAGAACUAAACUGAAUACGUAGCAAAGAUUUAUUUAAAAUUUUGUAGCAAAAAUCCAAAUUUAUUAGGAAAUAAAUUUAAAUUGUUUUAAAGAAACAAAUAUCGCUCUUAAUGUGUAGUUGCACAGUAGGUGAUUCUACUUCAAAUAGUGUGCAAACAUUAGUCUUGGAUAUUAGUGUUAAUUGUGCAGUGUUGGCUUUUCUGUUUGUUUUGAGAAAUAUGAGGAUUACCAAGGAAAUUACCAUUCAAAUGGAUUGAUGAUAUAUUGGUUCGAGUGAAAGGCAAUUUGUAUAUUUUUUCUUUAUUUAUUAUUUACAUAAUUCUUCUUUUUACUCCAUAAUGACCCUUACCACGCUGUCUGUGGCACAGUUUUUCUUCUAAAUAUACGUAUUUUCUGACUAAUAAUGAGACUCUUAUAAACAUUUCUAUCCUUUGAUGUUCUCUUUUUUUUCUUUAGUAAAUCUUUUUGCAACUCGUAUCUCACAUCACUGUCUAAUAUCCUUUCCCCACCGCAAACUCUUCUCACUCUGUAUUUGGCGAAGAAGAGAAAGAGUGGCGAAAGAAGUAAAAAAAAGUGUUUUUUUUUCUUUUAUUCUCGUCAAUCAUGUUUUCUCAUCUUUAUUUCUAAACUUUAAUAAGAAAUUGACCUAUAAAUUAUUUACUUUCAUUUCUGUUUUUUUUUUUAAA